AUGUCAACGCCAAUCCAGGAAGGCGAUUCCUCACCUGUGGAGGCGAAGGGUACAGGAGAUCAAUCAGAACGGAAAUGCACCACAGCCCCCCAACAAAAGAAUCACCGCCACCGUCGUCGUUCAAAUACUAAAGGAGAAGGAGAUGGAGCAGAUACCUCACGUAGUGGAAGCAGAACGAAUAGUCUGUCAGCACAUAAUAAAGAUAAACCACGCCGCAAAGAUUGGGUAGAAAGGAAGAGUUUAAGUCAAGGCGGCAAAGCCGAUGGAGAAAACAAGGUCAAUCAACACCAUAAGGAGAAGGACGCGAAUGAUCUUCAUAAACGAACAAGAAGUUCUAAUUCAAAUGGAAAACGUCGCGAACGUGAUUCAACUCGCACAAGUUCAAUGGCUAGUAAUGGCGAAGGAUUCGAUUACAGCGAUGAAUAUGAACUAGAUGAGCCAUUCAGCGACUCGGAUGACGAUUUUCGUCCCAAACAACCACAGAAACUUAGUCUUAUUAUUCCCAGAGGCAGAAUCAGAACUUUGUCGGGUACCGUGCCUGUGGUUGGAUACUCUCCGAAAUGGGGUGGACCAACCAUGUGCCUGAGUUGCUUGCAAUUCUUCGACCUGCCGGACCAAAUGGAACCUUUCGAAGAGCAUCUUCUAAAAGAGCACAAAAUUGUCGUGUCGGAGAUGGGUCUCAUUGUUGAUCCCAAGAGAUACGUUGAGCACUGGCGCCAACGUUUUGCAAAGGAAAGUGUGGACAAAAUAUUCCCGCGUAUCGAGCCGAAAGAGGGGGAAAAGUUCUUUGGUGAGGUCGACUACUACUAUAACAUGUCGGAAGCCUUACCUGAAGAUUAUUCGCUUCGCCAGCGUUUGGCCAUGCGUCGUCUUGAGGAAGCCCUUUCUUGCCAACAGAGAGAGCGUGAGGACACGAACUUCCAACAACAGUGCAUCUUCUGUCGUUACACCGCUCGCGGAAAUCGAUCAAAGAUUAUCCAUCACCUUUACAUGAUCCACCACUUAAAUCUUGGUUCUCCUGACAAUCUCGUUUUUGUGACGGAGUACAUCGAACACCUUAAAGACAAGUUGCAGAGAAAUGAGUGUAUUUACUGUGAAAAGACUUUCGGAGAUCGCAACAUUCUCAUGGAUCACAUGCGCAAGAGGAACCAUAGGGAGGUGAACCCCAAGAACCACUACUAUGACAAGUUUUACAUAAUCAACUAUCUCGAGCUCGGAAAACGUUGGCUCGACGUUUUAGCUGAGGACUUCGAGGAUACGAUGCCAACGUUCCAGGACUCGGAUGAGGAAGAAGAGGAUAACUCUUGGUGCGAAUGGCAAGAAGAUAAUGUGGAUGCCGAUGAAACUCGUGUCGUUUGUCUUCUGUGCAAUGAAAGCGACGAAUCUUGCGAAGGAUUGUUGUCACAUAUGAAGGAUAAACAUGAUUUUGAUCUCAUCAAGAUCAUUGACGAUAAUCACUUGGACGUUUACCAGCGCAUGAAACUUAUCAACUACAUAAGGAAGCAGAACUUCAACGCAGUCUGUUUUAUUUGCCAACGCAGCGAUCUUGGAAACACUCAAGAACUUGCGAAACAUCUACAGGAGGCUGAAAGACCUAUCACGAAGCUUCCUGACAAGUCCUACUGGGAUACGGACGAAGCACUCCUGCCCAUAUUUGGCAACGACCAUCUGUUGUGGCGACUUGAAUCACUGCUCGAAGGGCGCGAUGGUGCCAGUGAUACAGAAGAGCGCUGCCGUCGAGAAAGUGAAAAAAAGUAUUCCGCAUAUGUUGCAGAGAGUCAGAAGAACACCGUAGAUGGAGUAAUAGCAGAGGAUUUGCCAGACCUUCAUGAACUAAACGAGAACGAUCUUCAAGAGUUAAUAUGA